AUGUCUCGCCAUCAGUUUGACUUAGUUAUGUGUUUGAAACAACCUGGUACUUUUGUGGGACGGUUGUGUGACAAGUGCGAUGGAAAAUGCCCCAUUUGCGAUUCAUAUGUCAGACCUAAGUCUAAGGUACGGAUCUGUGACCAGUGUGCGUUCGGAGCCAAUCAAAAAAGAUGCAUCGUAUGUGGACAGAUGGGUACAAGUGACGCCUUUUACUGUUGGGAGUGCUGCCGGCUAGAGAAAAGUAGGGACGGGUGUCCGAAGAUUCUAAAUGUUGGCAGCAACAAAACCGAUAGUCAUUACGAGAAGAAGAGUAGCACGGAUUGA